GUUAAGCUUCCAGGGAUGUAAUCUUAAGAGGGUCCAUUAAAAACAGAAUAUACUGUUCCCAUCAGGAUAGUGAUAAUGUCCUUGCCUUGACAGCAACCUGCAGCCGCAAAGCACGUUUUAAUUCUGUGACAGAAAGACCGACGACAGUUACCAUUGCAUUGUUUAAUAUAUGAGAGUCUUCCCUGAAAAACACUGGAGAAGGCAUUUGUCUAGUCUGACUGUAAAUAAUGAGAUAAACCACAAUGGAUUUCAGUUCCUCAUCAGUGUUUGAUCAGCACAAAGGUGAUGCAGCAGAGGAGAUUGACUUGACUAUAGUCUACCAAGCAGCAGCUAAUGGCGAUGUGAACACACUAACUGCAGUGAUUCGAGAAGAUCCUUCCAUCCUGGAGUGCUGCGACGGCGAGGGUAGCACACCUUUGAUGCAUGCUGUAUCAGGACGCCAGGUUGAUACAGUGAAGCUUCUGCUGAAGAUGGGAGCCAAUAUUAACACUCAAGACACUUGUGGGCGAACCAGCUUAUCUCUGGCAACUUAUCUGGGCUGGCUGGAAGGCUGUGUCAGCUUGCUCAGAAACGGUGCUAAGCAAAACAUACCUGACAAAAAUGGGAGGCUGCCACUACACGCUGCCACCGCAGAGCCUGACGUGAGGCUUCUGAAUGUGCUUCUGCAGCAGUCCAAUCUUAGUGAAAUUAAUCAUCAGGACAAUGAGGGAAUGACUUCACUCCACUGGGCUGCUUUCCACAACAGGCCCCAGCACACUCAGGUUCUGCUGCACAAGGGAGCAGAUUUGACUCUGGUGGACAAAGACUUCAAAACAGCUCUGCACUGGGCAGUACAGAGUGGCAACAGGAUUCUGUGUUCCAUCAUUCUGGAGCACUAUCAGGGGCCAUCAAUAAUAAACUAUGAUGAUGAAAAUGGCAAAACGUGUCUGCACAUUGCUGCUGCUGCAGGCUACAGCGAUAUUAUCGGUGAGCUGGCUAAAGUCCCAGAGUGCAACCUGCAGGCCCUUGAUGUGGACGACAGGACACCUUUGCACUGGGCUGCGGCAGCAGGGAAAGCUGACUGUGUGCAGACACUACUAGAGCUGGGGGUAGACAGCAGCCCUCGAGACAUCAAUGAAAAUACUCCUCUGACAUAUGCAGUGUACUGUGGGCACACGGCAUGCAUCAAGUUGCUGUCUCGGGAGAGCAGUGGGUCUGAACCAGUUUAUCAGCUUCCCUCCCAGAACAACAGACACCUAAGGAAAGAAGGACGAUUCAGCAUGCUGAACCACAUCUUCUCUUGCAAAAAGAAGAAAGAUUGUCACAAAAUCAAUCAGAAAGAGAGAAGCAGAGAUCGAUAUUCUGGCGAGGAGACCUCUGAAGUAGAUGACAUUAUCACCACUUUUGAUAGCAUUAUGGACACAAAUUGCAAAGACAUUCCAGAUGAGUGUAUGACCAAGACUGACUUUAAAAGAAGAAACACAGAUGCAAAGUACCUCAUAUCAGAAAAGAAGCAAUUAGAGUGUCAGGGAGUGCAGCCCACCAGAGCCCAGAGCCUCCCCCCAAUAACUGCUGGCAGUUCCUUCCUAACUGCUACCCAAAGCACAAUGUCAAGCUUCAACUCUGGCACCAGCACCCACCAUUUUGCACACAAGUCUCAAAAGAGUAGGAGUGAACACAACUUGCUGGACCACAAAAGCAGCUGCCAGGGCUUGUUGGAUAAUUCCUGGAACACAGAUUCUAACCAAGUACUUUCUUAUGAAGUCUGUACUAGGCCUCCUUCAGACAAACUUAUAAAUAGCUUAAACUCUGAUAGAUCACAUCAUGUGCUUUUGUGUCCUCCUCGCCUUCCCUCCCUUCCCAGUUCUCUAUCAGGUAAACAUUUUGAAGAGAUGUCCAUAGACCAAGCCAAAAUUAAAAAGCUUAGUCCAAUACAGAACAGCCUAGAUCCUGUACCCAACCACUGUGCACACAAAAUUCAGCUACCAUCUCAGGGUGCUAAGAAGUUUAACUCUCUGCCUUUAAAUUCCCUAAGGAAUGCUGCUGUUAUUCUCCCACCAUCCCCAACCACCAGUUCCCAGAAAAGGGGAUAUUCUCAGAGUCACGUAUUCCAUUCUUUCUUGCCUGGUCUAUCAGGAAAGCCUCUAAAACCAAGCCGUGUCCUACCUGCUAUCCCAAGCCAGAAGAAACCUAACCCUGCAGAAGAGCUUGGGAAAUCUCUCAUCAAACCAGAUGCUGAAAAUUAAUGCAUUAGAAUCUGUAGAAAUAUGUUUAAGAUCUUAUGACAACUGUACAAUAAAAUCUCAUUAACUUGCACUAA